UCUCUCUCCGCUCUUUUCAAUAAAAAUAUACGUUUUUUCGGAAAAAAACAAAAAAUCUUCUCUCUUUCUCUGUCUCUCUGUCUCUCUCUACACUCUUUAUUAAUUUUACCAAAACAAAGAGAAUCCAUCUGCUUCUUUGAAUCUUCAUUGCCAAAUUAACCAUGCCGUUUUGGUUGACCUCGAAUGCUUUGCUUUCCUCCCUGUUUCUUUCCUUUUUUGUUUGUAUUUCCUUUUCAUUGAAUUUUGAAUAGUAACUUUUUUUUCUUCUUUUCAUGUUUGUGGCCACAGAAUAAAGAAAGAUCCAUCAACUGCUAAUGUAUCCUUUGCGUUCAUCCCAGUUUUUUGGUUUUUGUCUUCGCCCUCGUUCCUCUUUAGGGUUUCUGAAUUUUUUGUGGUUCAUUUUUCUGACAUAGAGUGGAGAAGCUUCCCCUUUUAUUACGCUGGGCAAAUCCAUAUUUCUCCUUCUCCGACCAUUGCUUUUGUGAAAUCUUUAUCCUGUGGGUUUGGCUUGUGUUCGAAUGUGAAAUAGUCUUUCUCUAUUUGAAAAAAAAAGAAGCGUGAUUUCUCCUGCAGUGUUUUUGGCUUCUCAAGUACUUCAGUCUAAAGUCUAGAUAAAUCUUCAGCUGGUUGAAGCUGCACAAAGUCACUGGGACAAUUCGAUCAUGGCAAGAGGCAAAAUUCAGAUGAGGCGAAUUGAGAAUGUGACGAGCCGGCAAGUCACCUUCUCGAAGCGCCGUAAUGGGCUACUGAAGAAAGCUUACGAGCUCUCAGUCCUCUGCGAUGCCGAAGUUGCUGUGAUUAUCUUUUCGCAGAAAGGAAGGCUUUACGAGUUCUCAAGCAAUUCUGAAAUCCGAAAGACAAUUGAUCGAUAUCGUAGAUCUACAAAUGGUGUGGAUACGUACCGGGCUAAUAUGGAGCAAUAUAUUCUGCAUCUGAAGCAAGAAACCACGGAUAUGGAGAGGAAGAUUGAGCUUCUUGAAGUUUCUCUACGGAAGCUAUCAGGACAAUGUCUGGGGUCUUGCUCGAUUGACGAAAUCCAAGAGAUAGGGGAUCAGCUCGAGAGAAGUUUGAGGAGCAUUAGGGAAAGAAAGGCUCAAUUAUUCAAUGAUCAGAUACAGCAGUUACAAGCAAAGGAGAGGUCUCUGAAAGAAGAGAAUGCAAAGCUUCUUGCAAAGUGUCUUGCAAGUCCUGAGCAACCAACAACUCAUCCGAGAGCAGUAGCAAUACAUAGCCGGAGCAGCUGGAGUACAGAUGUUGAGACUGGGUUCUUCAUCGGAUUACCAGAGAGUUAAAUUAGUUCGCCAUCGCUUUAAUAAUACCUGUUCAAUAGAAUAAAAUAAAAACUACAGCAAUAUCACUCGGUGUUAUCUUUACUCAGCCCGAUUCCCUUAGCACUGCCAAGACAACAUGUGCAUGGGAUUCACGGUAGUCAUUUGAAAAAUCCACGAGUAAGAAUAGCGAAGGCAAAGAAAGAUCAGAUUAGAAAUGAACAAUGACAAAGGCAUAUACGAGGAAGAUUAAGCAAAACAAAGGAAAUAACUUGCCUGCACCUUGGACUUCACAUUUGAAUUACAACAUUGGUUGAUUCCAAGAAAGAAACGUCUCUGUUGAACAUAUUUUCAGAUUGCUCGCGUGCAUUUCGACGACAUCAUUGAACACCUCUUUGAGGUUUUUAAUUUGUUUUUGGGUCUGAGGACACCUCUUUGAGGUUUUUGUUUUUGGUCGGAUAUCCUUAAAGGUUGGCUAAGCCAAAAAAUGUUCA